CUUGGCACUGCGACUUGGUCAGCAUCAGUGUUCUCGGGGUUUCGACAGCGUAUAGUGUGUUUGAAACGCUAAGUGCCUUUUUCCAGUUAUCUUCCCUCCUAAGCGAAAAACAAAAACACAAACACCAUGGACGCCAUCAAGAAGAAGAUGCAAGCGAUGAAGCUUGAGAAGGAUAAUGCCAUUGAUAAGGCAGAUACCUGUGAGAAUCAAGCUAAGGAUGCCAACUCCCGCGCCGACAAACUUUACGAGGAGCUGCGCGAUUUGGAGAAGAAGUUCGUGCAGGUUGAAAUCGAUUUGGUCACCGCCAAGGAGCAGCUGGAGAAGGCCAACACCGAAUUGGAAGAGAAGGAGAAACUGUUGACCACCACGGAAUCCGAGGUAGCCACCCAGAACCGUAAGGUCCAACAGAUUGAGGAGGAUUUGGAGAAAUCUGAGGAGCGCUCAACCACCGCACAACAGAAGCUGUUGGAGGCCACACAAUCGGCCGAUGAGAACAACCGUAUGUGCAAAGUAUUGGAGAAUCGUUCCCAGCAGGAUGAGGAGCGUAUGGAUCAGUUGACCAACCAAUUGAAGGAAGCCCGCAUGCUCGCUGAGGAUGCCGAUACCAAGUCCGAUGAAGUGUCGCGCAAGCUGGCCUUCGUUGAAGAUGAGCUGGAAGUGGCUGAGGAUCGUGUCCGCUCCGGUGAAUCCAAGAUCAUGGAGCUGGAGGAAGAAUUGAAGGUUGUCGGCAACUCGCUGAAAUCUCUGGAAGUGUCCGAGGAGAAGGCCAACCAGCGUGUUGAGGAAUUCAAGCGCGAGAUGAAGACCUUGUCCGUCAAGUUGAAGGAGGCCGAACAGCGCGCCGAGCACGCCGAGAAGCAAGUGAAGCGCCUGCAGAAGGAGGUCGACAGGCUAGAAGACCGUCUCUUCAAUGAGAAAGAAAAGUACAAAGCAAUCUGCGACGAUUUGGACCAGACAUUUGCUGAACUUACUGGAUAUUAAAAAAAACAUAAGACCAAAAUACCAAAAACACAAAAAAAUGCCAAACAGUUCCCCACAAUUCUACUCACACACUUACAAGCACAGAUGGAUUUCCUUCCUAUAAAAAACUCGCAUAGACAGUUUUAAUCAUUUUGCGCUAUUUGUCCACCGUGUAGAUUUGCCACAUUUUCAUAGUCACGAUUUACACUGUAAAUAAUUUGAUUAGCCUUGUUUAAAUGUGAUUGCUGUCCAAACUUCAAACACAAUUCCUUGUACCUCCCCCACCCCCCACCACCCCCCACAAAAAAAAAAACUAUACACUGUAAAAAGAUAUGUCCAGGCCAAAGAAAAACAAGUUCCACUCUCCAUAUGACAAUGCCAACUAUAGUUAUUUAUGCUUUC